UGGUACUUCGACAAACUGAUAGUAUUUACAAUAACCAAUCGCGUGAUGUAUAAAAUUCAGCGCCGAUUAGUGAUCGUCUCAAAUGUCAUUCUAGACUCCGUUUUUAGUUGUAAAAGUACGGUUUGCCAACUUUAAAAAAAUAUAUAGUUCAUGUAACGUCAUAUAGCGCUUAUCACUGAAUAUAAAGUAAUUAUUAGUUAGCGUAGUGUUUUGUCAGUUAAACGCGUCUCUAGCUGAGGUGUAGUACAAAAGGCAAAAGUACGACAAGACGCAACUUCACCGGGAAUAAAGGAUUUUUGUAGGGCAGCAGUUGCAGGGCAGCGAGUAUGCGUCUCAUAAUCCUGGAGGACGCGUCGGUGGUGGCGGACUGGGCGGCGCGCUUCGUGCUGCAGCGCAUCACGGAGUUCGCGCCGGGGCCGGACCGCCGCUUCGUGCUCGGCCUGCCUACCGGCGGCACGCCGCUCGGCAUGUACCGCCGCCUCAUCGACUUCUACAAGGAGGGCCGCCUCUCCUUUAAAUACGUUACCACGUUCAAUAUGGACGAGUAUGUCGGCCUUCCGCGCGACCACCCCGAGUCGUACCACUACUACAUGUGGAACGAGUUCUUCAAGCACAUCGACAUCGACCCUGCGCACGCGCACGUGUUAGACGGCAACGCGCCUAACCUCGUCGCGGAGUGCGAGCGUUUCGAGGACCUCAUCGCAGAGGCCGGCGGAGUACAUCUCUUCAUCGGAGGUAUCGGCCCCGACGGCCACAUCGCGUUCAACGAGCCGGGCUCGUCGCUGGUGUCGCGCACGCGCGUUAAGACUCUAGCCUACGACACGUUGGAGGCCAACAAACGCUUCUUCGGCAACGACAUCUCCAAGGUGCCGCGCCAGGCACUCACCGUCGGCGUCGGCACCGUCAUGGACGCCAAGGAGGUGAUGAUCCUGAUAACGGGCGUGCACAAGGCGUUGGCGCUAGCCAAGGCGGUGGAGGAGGGCGUCAACCACAUGUGGACCGUGUCCGCCUUCCAGCAGCACGCGCAGACGCUGUUCGUGUGCGACGAGGACGCCACGCUCGAGCUGCGCGUCAAGACCGUCAAGUACUUUAAGGCGCUGAGCGGCGAGCACCAGAAGAUGAUCGCGAGCGCGCCCGCGCGGCUGCAGCGCGCGCUGCACUGACGGCGCGGCGCCGGGCGGCGGCGCGCGGCGGGCCCUUCGCUCGUAGUCUGAUGGGCGAGCACAACAAGCUGAUCGCCGGCACGCGGUGAGACACAUUCCAGUACAGACACAACACAUCGUUAUAUUAUAAUCUCUAAUGUUAUACGACCACGACACAGCUGUAUGUUGGGGCCUUCGCUGUAUUAAAAAAAAAAAACAAUCGUA